GUUUUACGUAUCUAUGCCUACCUAAGGAGCAAAGUGAAAGUUAAUUGUGCCUUCGAAUCAAACUCCACCUAAAAUUUCAGUGUCCCAGUAAUGGCUCUUCGGUGCUUCCUCGUCUGCUUAACUGUUAACUACUAUCUGGUUGCUGGACAAGCUACAGAAUAUUUCCUGCGGGGGGAGACGUCCAGCUUCACUGCAAACAUCAAAGAAACCCCUGACAACAUUCUGUGGAAGCAUGGAGGAAACAAAGUAGUGGAGUUUACUGGCAGUGAACAGCUUUCCUUUGGGUCAUUUGAACACCGGGUCACACUUGACUGGCAUUCUGCAGAUCUGACCAUUAGCAACCUUGUAUUUGAAGACAGUGGAUUGUACGAGCUGGAAAUAUUUGCCAACAGCAAAUUGAAUCGCAGAAGUUUUCAAAUGGAAGUCAUUGACAAAGUGGCCAAGCCUACCAUAUCCUGUAAUAUGCACACUGCAAGCACCUCAAAUCAAUUUGGAGUCCAGGCUACUCUGACCUGCUCUUCACCAUCCAAAUAUCAUCAGUCUUUACUGACGUUUCAGUGGCGCUCAGAUGCAAACAUGCAUCUUGGACCAGAGCUAAUGAUAUCCCUUGGGGGUGAACUUGACAAUCAUAUAUACAGCUGUACUGUGCGCAACCCACUAACUGAAGAAUCUGCAGCGUUUACUGCUAAGGACUGCUACCCUGACACGAGUCCAGCCAUCCUGAUUGCUGCUAUUGUCAUUCCCAUUGUCAUUCUACUUCUCUCUUGUGUGAUUUUCUUCAUUUUCUAUAAAAAAGUAUAUCUGAAACGUGAGAAGAAGUCUGAUAUGGAAAGUCAGUCAGCUUCUGGUAUUAAAAACGGGGCAUCUUCUGACUGUGAGGAAAGCCGGGGUCUUCUGGACAGAGUGUCUACUUUGCCCUCUAAACAGACUCUUCGCCAUUUAGACCAAAGGAAUGAUGAUUCUGUGUCUGAUCCCACCAUCCAGGGGCAAAAUGAGACAAGAAAAAUGCACCUUAGAAACUCUGAGAAAAACAUAAACCAAGACAGCAAAAUUUCAUCUCCUUCCCCUGCGCCGGAUGAACCAUCUUUUACUAUUUCUGAUUCUCGUGCAAAAGAGAACGGGAAACCUUAUGAAGCCGAGCCCAGAGAUGCUGUGGUGGAAAACGUCUUGGAGGACGACCCUUCAGAUUCUGAGAAGAUGAAUGAAACAUUACCAGCUGAGGCAGCUGAACACGAUGACAAAGUUCAAAUGGAUGCAGAUGAGCUUGGAAACGAUAUGGAGGUGAAAAGGAUUGAUCCUGCAGACUCGGAGAAUGGAAAGGAUGUGCUAUCUGGCAUAUCGGACCAACAUAGUCCAGACAAAAAUAAAGAUGAAGAUAAUAGAGCUUCGUCUCCUCCUGAGGUGCCUCGAAAAUCCAACAUCGUUCGGAACUUCUCUGAGCUACAAAAAGAGAAAGACAGAAAUAUGCAACCAAAGGUUGUUAAGAGGCAAAACGAUCCUGCAGACUCUGGGAAUGCAAUUGAUAAAUUGGCUGCUGGGUCAGAUAAUCAGAGUUUAGAGAACAAAGCUGAAGACGGUGAAAUUUCAUCUCCUCCUCCUGCGUCACCUCGUCUUGAUCAUCCUCCUACAGAAGACAAAAAACAAGCAGAAAUGAUGGACAACAAAGAGGGCGAUCCUGUGGAAACAAAUGAUGCUUCACCUGAUGUUCCGAAUGACCAUAGUCCAGACAAAAAUAAAGAUGAGAAUAAUAGAGCUUCGUCUCCUCCUGAGGUGCCUCAAAAAUCCAACAUCGUUCGGAACUUCUCUGCACUACAAAAAGAGAAAGACAGAAAUAUGCAACCAAAGGUUGUUAAGAGGCAGACUGGUCCUGCAGACUCUGGGGAUCCAAAUGAUAAAUUGGCUGUUGGGUCAGAUAAUCAGAAUUCAGAAAAGAAGAAAGAGGAGAUUGAGUCUACAAAACAAACCUCUGAAAAUGAUGUUCAACCACCGCCUGUUGCCAAGGAGAAUUCCCCUUUGAGCCAAAACUCUCCAAAGAUUUCACCAAAAGAUGAACACAAACAAGACAUCAGCUCAGAGGAACUGGCAGGAAAGCCUACAGAGAAUGAUACUGAAGAAUCUGCUUCAUUAUCCCCAGAAGAACCAGAAAACAAGGAACAAGGUUCACCCGUCGCCACUCCAGAAGAGACUGAUUCAGAAUCGACUGAGAAUGAGCAAAAGCCUCAUGCGACUGAAAAUGAAUCGGACGUGAAGACUCCGCAAAAGAUGUGACAAACACCCCUCACCCCCCAGAGCGGUCUCAAAGCCAAGAAAUAAACACAAGACAAGAAAGCUAAGACUUUCCAGAGUUUUCAGAUGAAGCAGAUCCAGUCUCAGAGGAUGAAAACUAACAAGACUGAGCACAUCAUUAUAAUCUGCUGAAGACAAGGAAAACCUAAAGAGAAAAAUAUAAAACAAGAGCUUUAAUGGGGUUGGGCAAACUGUUGAAUAGGCUCCUUUUGUAUGCAUCCUCUCAUACAACAUGGCAAAUAAAAGGGCAGAAUUCAAGGAGAAACCCAAUAAUAAAAGAGACUGAUUCAGUGGAAAGGAACACAUUUCAAAACCAAAAACAAUGAGGAGUUUUACUCUGAGAUCGACCAGGAGAAGUAUUCAACACUAAGGUGAAGACAGAUGGAUGCUCCAUGCAUCUGUCUUUUUUUCUUUUUUGGUUUUAAACAAGAGCUUACCCACGUUUUCAUACCCAAAUAACCUUUUGUCACGUAACAACCACAAGCUUCACUGUAUUUUAUUGGCAUUGUUUUUGUAAUAGAACAAGACAAUGAAGUGGAUAAUUUUUCAAUUUUCAAGUGGAAGGAAAAUGAUAGUCUUUUUUUUUUUUUACAUAAUGAAAAACUGAAAAGUUUUUCCUUAAAGCAAGUGACUUCAGGCCCCUGUUGAAACGGCUUUUGCUUUUCACAUCAAGAGACGUAAACGUUUCCCGUUCUGUUUUGCAAUAGCUCAAGCUUAGUCAGUUUGGAUGGAGAGCACUGGUGAUGAUAUUUUUAAGUCUUUUCGAUCAGAUUUAGGUCUAGGUCUUUCUAACACAUGAAUAUUUGCUUUAAACCAAUUUAUUGUAACUCUGGCUGUUUAGGACCGUUAUUCUGCUGGAAGGUGAACCUCUGCCUCCGUUUCAAGUCUUUUGCAGUUUCUAACAGGUUCUUCUCCAUCCAUCUCCCCAUCAACUUGACUAGUUACCUUUCCUGCUGAUUAAAGGUAUCCCCACAGCUUGAUGCUGAACGUUUCUCCAUAUUGUGAAUUUUUCUGCCACACAUAGCCUUUUGUAUUUAGGCCACAAUCUUUCUAUUUUAAUGUGGCGAAAAAGGGUGAAAAUGUUCAAGGCGUAUUGAUACUUUUGCAAGCCACCGCAUGGUGUCAAAUAUUUUGCUUUUAAAAACUAAUUCCAGCAAGCAAGUAAACAAUGGCGGAUGAUAUCUUUUUAAAAGUAAUGUUUAUACACAUAGCUACAGAAAUGUUAUGUUUGUUAAAGCAAUUCACUCAAGUGCUACAAGGUAAACAGGACAGGAAAUGUAUACAUUUUUGUUUGUUUUAAGUAUCUCAAUCUCUUCAGUCAGAAUUAUUAAUUAUUACACUUUAUACUCAAGUUUUCAUCUGAAUCUGAAAUCAUAAUGUUUACAACUGUAUAUGUAUUUUCUAUAAUUUUUUGGCGUGCAGAAAUCUAUAAACUUUGUAAUUCAUCAUAAAGUGAUAUGUCUAUAACGAUAUACAACAAUCAGGCAUAACAUCUUGAAUCUAGCAUGGACACCUGGAUUGGUCUGCACGCAGCUAUGCUGCCUCUGACCCAAUAAACUGCAUUGUUUUUUGUAUUCUGGCAUCUUUCUAUAAAAACCAGCAGUAGAUUUAUCAGUAGUUUAAGCUUCAGUAGCUCAUCUGUUGGAUUGGACCACAAGGGGCCAACUUUUACUUUACAUGUCUUUUAGUGGACUUUGGCUGUGACCCUGUUGCCAGUUCACUACUUCUCCUUCCCUGAAUUACUUUUCAUAGAGCAGGCUGGGAAAACACCCCACAGGAAUUAGAGUGUUAGAGAUGCUCUGACCAAUUAAACAUCACAAUUAGGCCCAUGCCUGACAUCCAUAAAUCAUUAUGCUUGACCAUUUCUCCUACUUCUAACACUUAACUUUGUUGAUUUGCUGUUUCAAAUAUCCUACCCACUGGUGAGUAUGUUGUACAUGUCAUUUGUCUGUGGUCAUAAUGUUAUGCCUGAUCUGUAUGUUUUUAUAGUGACUAAAUAUGAUUUGCCUCACUUUAAUUUGAUCCUUUUCAUGUUGCGAGCGAGUAUUAAUAAUAUAUUGCAAUAAAUAAAGGUAACGAGGGACUUCUGACACCUUUUAACUCUGAACGAGUUUGUGAAAGUGUUUUUAUUUACUUUACAUGUGCUUUCUGUUCCUUCAGUUGUCCCUGGCUGUAUUAGAAAGGUACAUUUAUAGUUAGUUAAACAAACUGUAUCUAAACUGCAUAAUUAAUGUGGGUUUUGCUUGCUCUUGUGGCUGUUUUUAUUAUUGGUGUUUAUAAUUGUGGUAAAUGCUUUAAACAGCCCCUCCUACUGGAAGGAGCUCUGUAUGUUUUCCUUUGGAUUAAAUUAGAGAUGACUGUAAUAUUGACUUGUAAAAUCUUUUGUAUAGUUACACAAAUUUAAAUAAUUUAAGUGUUUUUAAUAGGUGUUAAUUAGUGUAUGAUAUGUUGUUUAUAAGAUAAAUUGCUGAUAGUAUUAUUUUUACUAUAGACCCAGUAAUUCCAAAGAAAUUAAAAGGGAAUACGUUUUUGAAAAUAAACUCUAAUAAAAAUGGAAUGCCACAAUUUUAUUCAGCAUUAGUUAAUUAAAUCAGCUUAAUUUAAUAUUAAUUUAAUAUUAUAGUUCAAAAUAUUAAAGUGUAUUUUUUGUGUAUAAUUUAGGAACUCUGGACACUCUAGACAACAUUUUACUGGCAAAUGUUUGUUCUUAUUACCUUUACAUUUUAAUACAGUUUUUGAAAGAUUUAUUAGCAUUUUUGUAUUUUUCAUUAGGAAAAAACAUUUUUUCAGACUCCAUGAUAAAUUUGUAACUUCCACAGCAAAUCAGGUCUAUAUUUUUUAUAAUUUGUUUUUAUGAUCAUGAGAACUUGAUGCAGAGCAUUUUUUUUCUGCUUAUAUUUGUCUUAAGCAAGAUGACUCCAGGGCAAUCCAGAUUUAUUUUAAAGGUCACAUGGUUUAAGCUGUAUAAAGGUGAAUUUCAAUAAAAUUAAAUAUCACUGAAAA